GUGAAGCCCUCGUAUCGGAGGCGGCUUAAUUUCGACGAGCACAAGCCAUCAAUGGCAGCAGCCGGCGACAGCAACGACGGCGACGCCGGCAAGAUGCUGCUGCUCAUCAGCUCGGACGGCGAGCACUUCCAGGUAUCGGAGGCGGCGGCCAGCCUCUCGAAGACGCUAGGCCACAUGAUUGAGGACGACUGCACCGCCAACGGGAUCCCUCUCCCCAACGUCACCGCCAGCAUCCUCGCCAAGGUCCUCGAGUACUGCAACCGCCACGCCACCGCCGACGACGCCGCCGCCGCCAGCUCGGAGGCCCCGGCGGCCGCGGCCGCCGCUGACAAGGCCGCUGCAGCCAAAGCUAGCAGGGAGGAGGAGCUCCGGAGGUUCGACGCUGAGUUCAUGGACGUCAACCAAGCCAUCAUGUUUGAUCUAAUCAUGGCCGCGAACUUCUUGAAUAUCCAGUGUUUGCUGGAUUUGGCCUGCGACCAUGCGGCGGAAUUCAUCAAGGACAUGAUGCCGGAGCAGGUCCGGGAGCUGUUCGGCAUCGAGAACGACUUGACGCCGGAGGAGGAAGCGGCGAUCCGCAGCGAGAACGCCUGGGCAUACGAGAUCUAGUGGUGAAGAUAAUCUCCCUAGUUGCAAAUAAACCAGAACUUGACUCGUGCUGCGUUCACGGGGAGUUCGUCUGGUAGAUAGUCGCUAAUCAUUUUUUUUUUCAAUUUGUUCAGUUAAAGUCUUACA